AUGAAUCAGAAUUUAGUUCAUCCCACCUCAAUCACAUCCCCGCGAAGAGAGGAUACACGGUCUCGCGAAACAUCCUCGGUAUACUCUUCUCCCGUCUCGACCUCGUCCCAGCGAGGCGUUUCCCCUAUUGGUCUUGGGAUUUCCCGCUGCGAAAUCGAGAAUGCAUUCGGUCAACUGAGGGUCUUCCCUCCCACGCCUACACUGCCAUCACAACUAGUUCCUGGAGCGCCAACUCCCACUUUCGCUUUAACCUAUGACGACUACUCCAGCGGAACAUGUUAUCCACCAGUUUACAACGGAUUCAUCAACAGUACUUCAGAGACUUCACUGGGGUUCUACAGCCCCCCGGCGAUGAGCGCAUCCCCCAGUUACAACUCUACCAUGGAGGUUGUCCCUGGAAAUAAUGUCUUCCCAGGCCAAAUGACCGAUAUUUGGAUGCACACGCCUUGCUCGGGACCGACAACGCCAUCGGAUGUUACUCCAGUCACUGUAGCGAACGGAGUGGCAGGACAAUGGGGCCAGAGUGUGUUUCCGGAUGCGUGUAUCUCCUCCACGAUGCCCCUAUUGCCAAUCAACAACGUUUCCUACCUUGGGGCGAUGGGAGAGGAGAUUGGAUACGACAGAUCCUCCAUCAACACUGGGCAAGUCGUGUCUCAACCACAAACAUCUUCCGAUGGAACCGCCGAUGGUAUCACAAAUUCGAGCAAAAGAGAGCGCGGCGCAUCAAAUGACAGACUAGUUUCUGCCAGUGGCCUGGAAUGUCCCAUUUGUGGCGCCAAAUUUACCCGACGCUCCAACUGUAAGGAGCACCAGAAGAUGCACAACCCCGAAUGGAAGAACAACUAUCCAUGCGAUGAAUGCCACAAAACCUUUGGGCGAAGCUCAGAUCUUAAAAGACACAUGAACACCGUUCAUCUCGGGCUUCGGAAGUACAGCUGUGACUCUUGCGACCGGCGUUUCAGUCGGCAGGAUAGUCUGGCUAGACAUGAUUGCGGAGAGAAGCGCAACGCUGCGAAGUCUACAGGCCACGCUGAGCCAUCUUCGCUUGUUCCCAGGCAGCGCCAACGAGCAUCGAACCACGGUCACUCGGCUAGUUAG